CUGCGCUUGUUGGUUACCUGGUAACCAUGAAUUUUCUUCUUCUACGUUGGAGGGCAGCGGUCACAAAGUUUCAUUAGAUGGCCACAAACGACAUGCCAUCUCACUGGUGAUAAUAAUAUUAAGAAAAGAGAGUCUGGGAUGGUGGCUGAAAAAUUAUAUUAAUGUUAAAUGAGAAACUGGAACAUCUUAAACUCACUCUGAUGAAAUACCACAGGAUAAGAGUUCGCUAGCUCGACAGGAAUAUAGGACUUCGUGUUGACACUGGGUGGCGGUAGUACUGGCUAAAUGGUCUUAAAAAUAAAGCGAAGAAGGGGAGCUCAGUUCCGUGGGCGGGACAAACAAACAAACCGGUGUUGGGAAUAAAAAUAUGUUGGUUUCGUUAAGUUAAGUACGCAUGAACAAUUAACAGGAAACUGAAAUAAAAUAGUCGCGGUGAAGAUGAGUUCGUUUGCGGGUCGGAUGAAGGAGUACCCCACCAUCUCUCUGGACCGGUUCGACAGGGAGAACCUACAUGCCCGGGCAUAUUUCCUCUCCCACUGUCACAAAGAUCACAUGAAAGGGCUGAAAGGACCUCUGCUGAAGAGGAAGCUGCAGUUCAGUCGCACUGUGAGGCUUUACUGCUCCUUUGUAACCAAAGAGCUGCUGCUGAACAAUCCAAAGUACGCUUUUUGGGAGGAAUACAUCGUUCCUCUUGAGCUCGAGAGCCCGACUCAGAUUUCUCUCGUGGACGAAGCAUCAGGAGAGAAAGAAGAGGUCGUGGUGACGUUGCUUCCAGCAGGUCACUGUCCCGGCUCCGUCAUGUUCCUGUUUGAGGGUUCCCAUGGAAACGUGUUGUAUACAGGAGACUUCAGGUUGCCUGUCGGAGACGUGUCCAGAAUGGAGCACCUACACUCGGGCAGCAGGGUCAAAGACAUUCAGAGCAUCUAUCUGGACUCCACCUUCUAUGACCCGCGCUUCUACCAGAUCCCAUCGCGGGAGGUCUGUUUAUCCGGAAUCUCUGAGUUGGUUGGAAACUGGAUCAGUCAGAGUCCUCAUCACGUUGUGUGGCUCAACUGUAAAGCUGCGUAUGGAUACGAGUACCUGUUUAUCAACCUGGGAGAGGAGUUCAACACACAGAUCCACGUCAACACUCUGGCGAUGUUCAAGAAGAUGCCGGAGAUCCUAAGCUACGUGACAACCGACCGCAGGACUCAGAUACACGCUUGUCGACACCCAAAGGAUGAAGAGUUUUUCCAAGGAAAUCGGCUGCCGUGUGGAUGCACGGCUGCUGAUGGGACGCCUCUUCGCAUCAUCAGCAUCAAACCGUCCACGAUGUGGUUUGGAGAAAGAACCAAGAAGACCAGCGUCAUAAUAAAGACAGGAGGCAGUUCAUACCGAGCCUGUUUUAGCUUCCACUCCUCCUACUCCGAGAUUAAGGACUUCCUGUCAUACCUCCAGCCGGUGAACAUCUACCCCAGUGUCAUCCCCAUUGGUCGAACACUGACUGAAGUCACACAGAUGUUGAAGCUGAUGUGCAGGAAGCAGUCUGAUGAGGCGGCGUUUGUUUACAAACCUCUGGGAGUCCUCAAACGCAGCAGGGUGCAGCGACCUACUUGUGACUCAGAGAGCGAUGAUGAGCUGUUUGAUGGGCUCGAUGUGGCACCAGUGAGGAAGAAGUUGGGAGUACAAAAAGUAGAGGGAACUCUCGAAACAACAGCACUCCCUGUGUGUGUGGAGGAGUCUUUACCGCUGACCAUUACCGAUGCCCAGCCUGCUGCUCAUAACUACGUCGACUGCACUGAGUCCAACGGCGAGGAGGAGGAGGAGGAGGAGGAGGAGGAGCAGCAAGGUGACGAGGAAAAGGUUGGAGCCGGACAGCCGGAGGACAUUUCAUCUCAGCCUCCGAGGUGGGAGGACUUCUUCACCACCGAGACUCUGACCGACAGCCAGAACAGCCUCAGGAGCCAACCACAGUCCUGCUGCUCUGAGAUGACGGGCUCGCAGACACCCGAUCUGUUCAGCGACGAAGAAACUGCCCCCGAUGGCUUCAGCCUGACACUGUCCGGCUCGCAGUCCAAUCAUUCCUCUCAGAACAUGGACUCGUGUUUACCCGACACCCUGAUCAUCCAACCAGAGCUGGAUGGGCAGAAGCAGAGGGAGGAGGGGGAUGAUGGAAUCAUCCAAUCGGAGUCUCAGCAGUUGUCAGACUUUGAUAUUCCCUGCACGCCGGAGUCGAAGGUGCCGCGGCGUGAUGAGCUGUCUCAGUUGUACAGGAAGCUGGCUGCAGGAGAGGACAUCAGGGCUCUGGACUACAGGACCGAACAUUAAUGGGGAGCUCCUAAAAAAACUGUGCAAACUAGAAAAGUAAAGCCUUAAAAAGCAGCCGGACGAGGCCAAAACAAGCAAACCACACAGCUACCUCCGUUUUAGUGACGAACCUCCAGCUCUGAGAUCCCCCACUAGCACACUGGGGCAGGAGGAGAGGUUAACAUGCAUUCAGUACCUGCUUCCAGCAUGAAGAGUUUCUCAGCCUAAUUAGAGAGCAUAAAUAGACCAAACUUUAACGUAAUUUUCUUCAGACCUGUCGUUCUCACUUAGACCCUUAAGCUGUCACAUUCCUUCUGCAGGCUGAGCUGAAACGUCCUCUCCUCCAGCGUCAGUGUUGGCCUCCAAACCCCACAGACUUCAGUUUGUUAAACCACACACUCGUUCCUGCGCACUUUAAGCCUAUUGGUGGAUUCUUGCACCUGUGCAGGUCACAGCUGACACUCGUUCCCUCUCUGCUGGCAGUUUGUGGUUUGUUCUGCUUCAGCUGCUGACAACAGGAGGGGAAUGUUUGCAUUAAAGCUAAAGUUUUGUUCCAGAAACAAAUAAAAUAUUUAUUUUUAA